AUGCUCUGCUCGUGUGCCAGAAGGACGGGACAGAUAACCUACGUCGAGGUGGGGCAGGCCGCCUUCGGAGAGCCGGGCGCGAUCGUAACCACUUCCGUCCUCAUGGCGAUGACGAUCUUCGUGACGAUCGCCUACAUGGUCCUCGUCCGGGACAUCUGGUCGGGCAUCGUGGAGUCCGUCAUCGGCGAAACCCUGGACUCGGACCAGAGCAACCAUAUCGGGUACCGCAGCGUGGAGGCCAACCAGGAAGACCCGACGGCGAAGCUGGGGCUGAAGCUGAACGCGGACUCUUGGGGGGACAUAAUGGAGGCUUUCCCCAUCUUCUGCCUCUCCUUCCAGUGCCACUUCAACAUCCUAUCGGUGCAUUCGCAUUUUGUUAACCCCACCCGCGAGCGGCUGAAGGGACUUCUGCACGGCACGAUGGGCUUAACCUCGGGACUCUACAUCGUCCUCGCCCUGUGCGGGUACCUCUACGCAUACGAGGGCACCAAGGACGACAUCCUCCUCAACUUCGCGCCGAGCGACCGGGUGAUGAUCGUCGGCAGGUUGGGCAUGGGCCUGACGAUGCUCGUGGCCAUCACAAUUCUCGUGCUUCCGUGCCGCGACAUCGUGUUUUUGGUUAUGGACUCGGUCGCCGAGAAGCUGCAGGAGUGGUGCGCAGGCGGCAAAGAGUACUUGCCGGUGGACGGCACCGGGGAAGUGUUAACCACCCCGGGGGGCACGAUGGUCACCAAGACGAGAGCCUUCUUUCUGGCGGUGCGACACGUGGGAACUACCGUGGCCAUCAUGGGGUUCUCGCUCUUUUGCGCGCUGUCGGUGCCAGGAGUGGGCGUCGUCUGGAGCAUUUGCGGAUCGUCGGUGGGGUUCAUGAUCUGCUACCUCCUGCCGGGGGUGUUCUACCUCAAGAUCAGGUGGCACAAGCAGUUCAACAUUCGCAAGGCUGGGGCAUUCCUGGUGGUGGUGGUGAGCUCCUUGGCCAUCGUGAUCUGCACCAGGCACGCCGUGCUGCAGGCCAUGCAGUGAGAAGAGGGAACACGACGGGGCAGCGAACGGCUAUUUCCUUAGAAUUGCUGACGCGGAAUUUAGACAUGUCGUUGCUUGACCUGAGACAGGUGGUGUGAGAAGAUGACACGGCCGCAUCUUUUGCUUAUUUUUGCAGGCGCGGAAUUAAGGUCGUGUCCUUGUUUUAGUGGAAACAGGUGUUGUCAGGAGAGGACACGACGGCACCGGUUGUUGCUUUUUUUUCUUACUUGAGAUACGGGGUUUAAUGAUGUCUUUGCUUGACCUGAGACAGAUUCGGUCAGAAGAUAACACGACAGCUGCGGGUGUUUCAUUUUUUUGUUUGUUGCAGACGCGGAGUUUAGUGGUGUCGUUGUUUGGCGGAGACAAGUUCGGUCAGAAGAGGACACGACGGCAACGGUUGUUCCUUGUGUUGUUUUUUGCGAUGCGGAGGUUAGUGGUGUUGGACGGAGACAGAUGCAGUGAAAAGGAGACGGCGGAAAAGUUCUCGUUUUUUUGGAGACCCGGAAGUCAUUGAUGCCGUUGAGAAGAGGACAUGACUGCAACGUUUUUUUUGUUUUUUUUUUUGUUUCGGAGAUGCUCAAAUAACUGGUGCCGUUUUCCGACGGAGACAUGCGGAGUGAGAAGAGGACACGACAGGAACUCGUUUGUUUUUUUGUUUUUUGCAGACGCAAACUUCAUUGGUGCCUUUGUUCGACGGAAAAAGGCCUGGUUCAGACGGAGUGAAAUCGUGAGAAAUGUAUGUUGUGAUGGUGCACACGGUUCUGUGUGUUUGUUGUAGGGAACGCCCUGCGAUAGCGUUGGCGAAACAGAGGGUAAAUGCACGGGCUAGUUGUUCAACAACGUGCUGCAACGUGGUUUAGAUAGACUUCUAGUUUUUCGUCGUCCCGCCUCCCUCCGUCUGCAAUGUGGAUGGUUGGGAUUGAUGCGCGUUGGCAUCCUCGAUGUCACCGAUAUGUAGUAGUAGAUUUCCCUUGUACCUUUCUGGAAAGUCACAAUACGUACCCGUUGUUAGAUAUAUCAUGGAAGGCAUCGGAUCAUGGCACACACGUCUAACACCACCAUAGGUAGGGAAAGUACCGGUAGCGAGCAGGUCAAUUGCCCGUAACCGUGCCCAAGGCUGGAUUAUUUGCCGCCCCGUGUCGCCGUCGUUAGGGAUUCCCGAGAUGUCAGGAUGGUGGCCCUCCCCUCCAGGUUGCCCCAACGUAGUCACGCUCUCCCAUUUCGAAAUGUCGUUUUCUUGUUCCCAAUUCCGAGUGGUCUCUCUGUGAACCUGCUGCCAACGGACAGUUUGGUGUGAGCAGUGCCUCUUGUCUUCGCGAUUUCACGAAAGGGAGAACGAUUUUUUUUUCCCGGAAGGGGUGCAGGACUUGACCCCUCCCGCCUGACAUGUGCCGCAGAAUGACGGAUGUUAUUCUGCGUUUGAUGACGAGAAACCUUUUCGUCGUUCCAGGUGUCUGGGGGCAAAAUACAGAGAACAAUAGUUUUGUGUAGUCGGUGUUUUCGGAGGGGGUAGUACCCGAUAAAGGCUUGCGGCAUUCUUUGGCCG